AUGACACUGGUGACAGGCUUUUGUCGGGUCCCAUCUUCUUCCCUGCAGCUGGGCUUCCGUGAGAGGCAUCCGCUUCGUCUGGCUCCUGUCUCUGCCAGGAGGGAUCGAGUAGCGAAGCAGGACAUCAGCAUGAACAUUGUCAAGGAGGGAGCGCUCAGAGUUGUCUCAUGCCUGCCUUACAUUCUCCCUAUGAUGGACUCUCUGAGCUAUGGUCGUUUCCUCUUCCAGAAGAUCCCCCUCUUGGCUUUCAUCUUCAUGAAGCCGCUGCAGCCAUUCGUCGAGCUUGCACAGGCCUUCCCCAUGAUCUCCUUCGUCGCUUUCCUCGGCCUCUUCCUCUUUGUCGUUCGCAACCGCAAAGUUCCUCGCUUCAUCCGCUUCAACACGAUGCAGGCACUGCUGCUGGAGAUCCUCUUGAUCUUUCCUCAGAUCCUCACGAGCGGCAACAUGGGUGGCCUCAUCCCCUUCGUCUUCACCGAGUUCGUCUCCAACAUGACCUUCUAUGCCAUUGCCGCCAUCGUUGGGUACUCCUGCAUCUCCAACCUCCGCGGGGAGCUGCCUUGCAAGAUCCCGGUCAUCUCCACUGCUGUCUUCCAGCAGAUCGGAGGAGGAGCUGGAUUCGACGACUAG